UGCCGAUAGGGGCGCCGUUGAGCCAGUUACUGCCGAAGUCACUCUCGUUUUGACAUUUGUUGAAACUUUCGUCUUUCUGUCAGUAGACAUGUCAAAUAACAGCGCAAACAGCAGCUUGGUGGCUUUACAGAAAACCGUCAAACAGCUGCGACUCGAAGCAAGCAUCCGCAGGAUUAAGGUUUCUCAAGCUGCAGCCGACCUUAAAGCAUUCUGUAUUCAAAAUGCCAAUAGGGAUCCUUUACUUAUGGGAGUGCCAUCCAGUGACAACCCAUUCCGCCCCCCUAAAUCUUGUGCACUGUUCUGAGGAGGCAAGAUGAAGAGAGAUCAGGAGAAUCUUCUGAACAUUCCUUUUUUUACAUUUUUACACUAGAAGGCAGAAUUUUUUCCCAAGUCCUAUUUUCUUGGUGCUAUCUAUAGCACGGCUGAAUCACUACUUUAACACUACACGUGCAAGUUACACUAAAAUGUUUUAUUUGAAGUCACACACAUGUAAAAAUAUGAUUAAUGAAGAAAACCAUUUAAAUGUAUAUAACCUUAAUUAAGGUAAUGGCCAAACAAUAAUAAGCAUGGUAGUCCAACUUAGACACAGGGAGAGUUUAGAGUGCCCAGUUUGGUUCUUUUUGGGGUCUCGUUUUUUUAUGAAGUGACCACAAUUAUGCAACAGGUUUGCCAUGUCAAUAUAAAUAUCUUUCUUACACUGAAAUAUGUGGUCUUGUUUGUGAAGAAACACUGAAACACCUUGUUUUUGUACUGAUGCAGUUAGGCUUAUACAUGAACUGUUGUUACCAUGAAUCUUAUGUAAUUAAGAUAUUUAACUGUAUAACCAGUUAGCUGUAUUGAAGGAAAAAGAUAUCUUGAAUCUCAGGUUCUUUUUGAUAAAAGAUUAAUGCUGUCUUUCUGUUAUAUCUAAACACUGCUGAGGUACUUACAUUCAAAUGUAUUUUCUUGAUUCCCUAGGUAUAUGGUUUUGCAUCAUUUUGGAGUUUCUUAAAUGUUAGUGUUAACAUAAGAAAUAUAAUUAUACCUGUGUGUUUGUAUUUGUCGGUGAAAUGCGUUCGUGUUGUGUCUUUUCUGUUUGUACAAGAAAUCCAAAUGAUUAAAAGCAUACCAGCUGGUCUGUUUUUGCAUCUACUCUAA